AUGAUAACUCCAUAUAAACGCCGUCGUGGAGUCGGAGGUGGCGGGGAAACACCCAAGUCCCCUCGCACCGCUGUGCCCACUCGGGGUCUUUUACUAGACGGCGUAUGGCGAUGCAAUUGUCCGGAGCGGCCACCGGCGGUGAAGCUGCAGACGAGGAAUCAUGGUGUUAAUCAUGGGCGAUGGUUCUACACCUGUCAGAAAGACCACCAGCAGCGCUGCAAAUUCUUCCUAUGGGCUAACGACGCCGAAACCCGCGAAAAGUUCACCCUGCUCUCGAACUCCCGCACCGAGGCCCCAUCACCGUCUACAACUCCUCAAACCGCCUCGUCGAAGACCGCAUCCGCGCAACAGAGCUCAGGCCUUCUAACACCGCAGACCGGUCAGCAAGAUAGGUACGGCGAGUCGCGGGCGCGCAGGACAUCGACGAGCGGAAGUGGAAGCGCAAAUGCGAAAGCGCGCAUGAUGACCGAAGACACCGAUGAGUUCGAGUGGGAUGAUUCAAUGGACAACGAGAUGGAGAGGGUGCUUGAGAGUAGCCAGCCGCUGCGGCAACCGGAGUUUGGACUCCCAGCGCGGAAAACGCCACGUACGGAAGCUGUUAUGAGUCCGGGGAAGAGAAAGCGGUCGUUUGAUGAUGACGGUGCGGAGGAAAGAGGGAAAGGGGCGCCCAUUACACCGGGUGGUCUUGGACAAGGAACGCCGUUCCUCACGCCUACGCCGGCCAGAUAUAAGAAUGUUAUUUCCGGGGUUGGGGAGUCGCCCCUUGCAACGCCGUCGGAUCUAGCUGUGCAGGUUUCCAAAAUAUUAGAGGGGCAUGGAGUUGAUGUUCCCGUGGCGGCAAGGGCCGAGUUGAAGGAGUUGUUGAAUCGGCAUGAGUUGAAGGCAAAGGGGAUCCUCCGUGGACGAGAUAUCUCGUGGAAGGCAUUGAAGAAUAAGGAUGAGCAGAUUGAGAGGUUGAAUGAGAGGAUCUCAAUGCUGGAAUCGCAACGGGAGUUAGAUCGGACGGUAAGAGGAGGUGAUUAA